CUCCAACCUCUUCUAAUCUGUGGUGUUUACUUACCCACUCCCAAGCCUUUCCGCACAAAAUAGAAAGUGAAAAUAAAAUUCCUUUCCUGUGAUAGCUAGCAGCGAGUGCACAGAACUGACUGUCUUGUGGUUGCUUCUAUAACACAAACUGGGACGUGCUAUAUUCACUUCUGGCAUAAAACAGAUCUGUGUAGCUGACUUCCUAUAAAAAGAGAAGAGGGAAAGUGAAAGAGACAGAUAGGAAGGUUUUGUGAUCAAAUAUCUGGAGAUUGGCCUGUUUCUUCAAGAAAGCUCAGAAGAAUUGAAGCAUUUGUGGACUGACGGAAGACUCCUGGAAACAUCUGAGGAACAAAGACUGAACUGGGGGAAGUGCUGGACCCAGGCUACAGGGAUUUCUAGCCUGUGAGUGGAACACCUGGGAUAUAACCAAGUGCAGCUUGCCCCUUAAGAAUCAACAGCCUGUUUGUAUCAUCUCUUAGGAGAUGCGCAGAAACAUACCUGCAGCCGGCUGCUUCCGGGAGUGGAGUGGGGCCACGCCAUGCAGACAGCCUGCCUGAACCCUGCUGCACCACCAGUCGGAAGCCACCUGUGGCAUAACUGAGACUGAUUGAACCACUGCCAAGCUGCCAUGGGUGCUAAGUUCUCCAAAAAGAACAUUGAAGAAUUAGAAGCUGCUGCCAAAACAGGAAACCUCCCAGAAAUAGCAGCAAAGCUGAAGGUACCUGUAGAGUUGAUAGAAAACACUCAACUCCACAUCGCUGUCACAGGAGAGUCGGGCUCUGGAAAAUCGUCCUUUGUCAAUGCCAUCCGGGGACUGGGAGAUGAAGAUGAAGAUUCCGCUGAGACUGGGGUGGUAGAAACAACGAUGGAGCCAAAGGCUUAUCCUCACCCUGUACUCCCCAACUUAACAAUAUGGGAUCUUCCAGGAAUCGGGACUCCCAAGUUUCAGGCAGACAAAUACCUCAAGCAGGUAAAAUUCAACAACUAUGACUUCUUCAUCAUCAUCGCCUCAGAGCGCUUCACUUCCCACCACACCAGCCUCGCCCAGGAGAUUCACAAGCUGGGGAAGAGGUUUUAUUACGUGCGCUCCAAAGUGGAUAAUGACUUGAAAGCUGGAAGAAGGAAAAGGAAUUUCAACAAGGAGAGACUCCUGCAGGAGAUCAGGGAGGACUGCAUAAAGAACCUGAGAGAAGCAGGUGAGGCCUCCCCACGGGUUUUCCUGCUCUGCAGCUGGGAACUGCACAAGUACGAUUUCCAGCUCCUGCAGGAGACACUGGAGAGGGAGCUGGAUGCUCACAAGGGACUCGCUUUCAUCGUGGCAUGGCCUGACAUCUCAGAAAAGAUCGUGGAAAAAAAUGAAGUGAAACCACUGCAGCAUAGAUCGGAAUGUGCCUCGGUCUCCUCUGCUAUCGCUGCUGAUCCUCACCCAGACUUGCAGCUAAAACCAAGUGACCCAUUGCCAACAGCUGCCAUGCCAAUGUUCUCCAAAGAGGACAAUGAAGAAUUAGAAGCUGCUGCCAAAACAGGAAACCUUUCAGAAAUAGCAGUGAAACUGAAAAAGUCUCUAGAGUCAUCAGAAAAUACUCCACUGCACAUUGCAGUCACAGGGAAUUCAGGCUCUGGAAAAUCUUCCUUUGUUAAUGCCAUUUUGGGACUGGGAGAUGAAGAUGAAGGUGCCGCUAAGACUGGGGUGGUAGAAACAACAAUGGAACCAAAGGCUUAUCCUCAUCCUGUACUUCCCAAUGUAACAAUGUGGGACUUGCCGGGAAUUGGGACUCCCAAUUUUCAUCCAGACAAAUACCUCAAGAAGGUAAAAUUCAACAGCUAUGACUUCUUCAUCAUCAUUGCGUCAGAGCGCUUCACUUCCCACCACACCAGCCUCGCCCAGGAGAUUCACAAGAUGGGGAAGAGGUUUUAUUACGUGCGUUCCAAAGUGGAUGCCGACUUGUAUGCAGCUCAGAUCCGCCGGCCCAGCACCUACAAUGAGGAACAGAUCCUGCAGAUCAUCCGGGAGAACUGCAUCAAGAACCUGAGGGAAGCAGAUGAGACCUCCCCACGGGUUUUCCUGAUCUCCAGUUGGGAUCUGCUUAAAUACGAUUUCCACUUGCUGCAGGAAACACUGGAGCAGGAACUGGAUGCUCACAAAAGACUCACUUUCAUCCUGGCCCUGCCCAACAUCUCGGCAAAGAUCCUGGAAAAGAAAAAGGCUGAACUGAAGAAGCAGAUAUGGAAACUAGCCCUUGUGUCUUCUGCUGCCGCUGCCAUCCCUCUCCCAGGUCUUGGUCUUGCUUGUGAUAUUACCAUCCUGGUGACAUCCAUGAGACAUUACUGUAAGGCCUUUGGACUGGAUAGAACCUCACUAACUAAUCUUGCCAACAGGGUGGGGACGACCGUCCCAGAGCUGAGGGCGGUUAUAAAGUCCCCACUGGCUGCAGAAAUAUCUAAAGAGCUUGUAAUCAAGCUGCUAAGCAAGGCUGCAUGUGGUGCAGCGAUGGCAGCAGAAGCAGCUCUGAGUUUUAUCCCAGUGCCAGUGGUGGGGUCUCUGCUAGCUGCAGGAGUUUCUUUCGGGACCACAUACUACAUGCUUCAGAGCUUUCUGAAUGAGGCUGUGGAAGAUGCUCAGAAAGUUCUGAGCAAGGCUCUUGAGAAUGAAAAAUUCAAAUAAGAACAAACAAUCCAGUGCAUCAAAUAUAAAAAAUUCUUAAAGUGAUUGCAAAAAAAUGAGAGCAAGACCAGA